CGCGCAGGACGCAGCGGACCGUCCCGGCUCGACCCUCGAUGGUUUACCGCCGCCCGGAGGAGGGACAGACCUUCCAGGAGCCGCGCACAGUCUGACAGCUCCGUGAGCCAUGCUGAAGCCGGGCGACCCGAGCGGCUCGGCCUUCCUGAAGGUGGACCCGUCAUACCUGCAGCACUGGCAGCAGCUCUUCCCUCAGGCCCAGCUCAAGGCCCCCCUGGCGCCGCCGCCGCCUCCCCCCCAGGACCGCCUGGCCCUCCCCGUGGACGCCCUGCGCCCGUCCCGCCUGCACGGCCACCUCCUGGCCUCCUCUUCAUCGUCCACGUCCUCGUCCUCGGCGUCCUCGUCCGUCUCCAUCUCCAGCCCCGCCGGCCUGUCCCAGCUUCCCGUCCCGCAGCAAAUCGCGCUCUUCGGCCAGGCGCUGGCCCCGGCGUGCUCCGGGCCCGGAGGACCGGGAGGAGGGGGAGGUGGAGGAGGGGGAGGAGGGGGAGGGGGGGACCUGGUGGUGGUGGUCCCCACGGAGAACCAGCAGGGUCACAACCCAGCGGCGGGGCUCCUCCAUCAGGCCAAAGAGCAGCCGGGCUGUGGGGGGGUGGGGGUGGGGGUGGUGUCGUCCAGCGUGAAGAGCGGCGGCAGCGGCGGUGGAGGAGGAGCGGGAGGAGGCGGCGGAGGCGAGGAGGGCGCCAAAGGAGUGGCGGGCGGCUUCAAACUGACGUCCGAGGAGCUGGACUACUACCUGUACGGACAGCAGAGGAUGGAGAUCAUCCCAAUCAGCAACCACACCGGGGAGCUCAACAACCGCUGCGACAUGUGUGCAGACAACAGGAACGGCGAGUGUCCCAUGCACGGUCCGCUCCACUCCCUGCGGCGGCUCGUUGGCACCAGCAGCUCGGCGGCACCUGUCACUCUGCCCGACGUCCCCGACUGGCUACGAGAUCUGCCCAGAGAGGUGUGUCUGUGCACCAGUACAGUUCCCGGUCUAGGUUAUGGGAUCUGUGCGGCUCAGAGGAUCCCUCAGGGAACUUGGAUCGGCCCGUUUCAGGGCGUUCCUCUGCUGCUGGACAAGCUGCAGUGUGGAGCCAUCAGGAACACCAGACACCUGUGGGAGAUCUACGAUGCAGAGGGGACGCUGCAGCACUUUAUCGACGGGAACGACCCCAGCAAGUCCAGCUGGAUGAGGUACAUCCGCUGCGCCCGGCACUGUGGAGAGCAGAACAUGAUGGUUGUUCAGUACAGGUCGUGUAUCUUCUACCGGGCAUGUAUGGACAUCCCUCGAGGCACCGAGCUGCUGGUGUGGUACAACGACUCCUACACGUCCUUCUUCGGGAUCCCUCUGCAGUGCAUCGCUCAGGACGAGAACUUGAACGUUCCAGCCACCGUGGUGGAGGCGCUGACUCGGCAGGAGUCCCUCCAGUCCUUUGGCAAAAACAGCAAGCCCUCGUCUUCAUCGUCUUCGUCCUCCACGCCGUCCAACCCCCUCAUGCGGUCCAUGGUCUUCCCCCACUCCCCCUGCUCCCGGAGCUUCUCCCUGUUGGACAAGGUGGGGGUGGGGCCUCAGUCGGACUCGGGCUUCGGGCAGCUGGGUGUGAAGAACCAGCGAGUCCUGGCGAGUCCCACCUCCACCAGCCAGCUGAGCAGCGAGUUCAGCGACUGGCACCUGUGGAAGUGUGGCCAGUGCUUCAAGACCUUCACCCAGAGGAUCCUGCUGCAGAUGCACGUCUGUCCGCAGAACCCCGACAGGCCAUACCAGUGUGGCCACUGUUCCCAGUCCUUCUCCCAGCCGUCCGAGCUGAGGAACCAUGUGGUGACUCACUCCAGCGAUCGGCCUUUCAAAUGUGGGUACUGCGGCCGGGCAUUUGCAGGGGCCACUACGCUCAACAACCACAUCCGUACGCACACCGGAGAGAAGCCGUUCAAGUGUGAGCGUUGCGACCGCAGCUUCACGCAGGCCACCCAGCUCAGCCGCCACCAGCGACUCCCCAACGAGUGUAAACCGGUGAACGAGAGCAGCGUCCAUCGAGGUGGACUGAGCCUCGGUCCAUCCCGGCCGCCGUCCAGCCUCCACCCAUUUCCCUCCUCCGCCCGCCCUGAACCGACGCCCCUGAGCAGAACCCGCUGUGAUUCCCCGCCGACCUCCGGUUUGCCUUCUCUGCAGUGA